AUGUCUAUGUAUAACGUGCCCUACGUCGCGUCGCUUCCGCCUAUGCUGGAUUCACCCUACAUCGCUGGCCCGAGUCCCAUGAUGCACGAGCACCAGAACGCAUCUAUUCACCACCCCGCGAGCCCUCACCUGAACUUCUCUUCUCCAUCGCCUUCCAUGUCUUCCUCAAACCGCAUCAGUAAAGCCAAGAAGGGCAAGCGUGUACAUGCAUGCGAGUACCCUGGCUGCGAUAAGGUCUUUACCAGAGCCGAGCACCGCAGGCGACAUGAACUCGGCCACCGCUCCAAGAAGCUGUACCAAUGCUCAUACGAAGGAUGUUCCAAGGCAUUCCACCGACCCGACUAUCUGACGCAACAUCUGGCGAAGCAUGCCCCCAACCCCCCCAAAGCAGAGUCUCCCUCUGUGGAAAGCACCACCGCCUCAUCACCAGCUCUCAGCGUGCACAAACAACAACCUCCUCCCCUCACCUCCGAAUCCCCCGUCACGACCGGCGCGCAGAGCGAAGCCAUCCAAACACCCCCAGCCAUGUGGACGGGCAUGCCCGUCCCGCUACUGCCGUGCUCGCAAUGCCCGAAAUGCCAAACCCAGAUCGUGGCCUCGGUCGACGGCAAUUCUUUCUACACCUACCCGCCCGAGAUGUCUGAGUCAGGAAUGCCGCAAGACGCUUUUGUUCGCGGCCAGUUUCCUCCCGCGCCCAUGUCGGUUGGCCUGGCUACUGUCAUUGACCAGUACAUGCGCGGGGUGCUGAAGCCGGAUGGUCUUCCUUCACCACAAUCGCCGCAAAUGGGCUCUCCUUUCUUGGGCUCGCAGAUUGAUCCCAGUCUGGCGAAGAUGCCUCACCCGACUUCCUACAGUCAUCCUUAUGCCUCUUGGGCUGAGACCGAGGGUCUGUCAUAUGACAACCAGCCUGUUCACCAUAUGGGCACCAGCACACCCACCACAACCUGCUAG